AUGCUAUCGGCAGUUCGCGAGAAACUAAGUUGUUCAAAUAGCCAUGAAUGUCGCAGCAUAGUCAUUCAGCUAAGGUUGCAACUCCUCAGUUCUGUUUCCUUAGCUCUCCAAGACUUCGUCGCCAUGGCCAGGUUUCUCUCUCUCGCGCUUUUGGCAGUCCUCGUCGUCGGGGUGGUUACUCCCCUGGAGGCAGCGCCGAAGAUGACGCUGUACGAGAAGAAUCUGAACGACGUGAUCACCGUCGUGAAGGCGAAACCGGGUUACAAGGCCUUCGCAUCUCUCGUCGGCGCAAUUCUGAAGCAAUCCCAGCUGAAGAGUCUCGUCCAGCAGAACCUGACCAUCUUCGUUCCCAACGACAAGGCGCUUAACGAAUUCAACCUCACGCAGUACGCGACCGCCGACCUCCUUAAAGUCGUCAAGUACCACGCCGUCAAGGGCACGUACACUUUCGCGCAGCUCCAGACUCUCGCCGCAUCUGGCGGGAAGCUCCAAACGACCUUCAGCCAGCCGAUCUCGCUUACCAAGGCGAAGAAGGGGAUCGGCAUGUUCGGCAUGGAGAAGAUCGGCGCCGCUGUCCUCGAUAAGGACAUCUCCAUUAAGCCAACUGUGGUUGCGCACGGGAUUUCCCGGGUGCUUAAGCCUAAGGGGUUCGUUAUCAAGGGCGCGGGCUCGGCUCCCUCGACUAAGCCACCCGCGACUGGCUCUCCUGCUCCUAAGACCACAACUCCCAAGACUCCUAAGACCACCGCUUAA